ACUGAGAUGUCAUCCUCUCUAAAGGUCCUAGGUCCUCUCUUGUUCCUGCUGUUCCCCUUAUGUGGGCUCCUUAUACACAGCCAGAACCUUUCCUGGAGAGAAUUCAUGAAACAGCACCACCUGAGCACAAGCUGGACAUUCAGUGAGUACAGAUGCAAUGAUCUCAUGCAAAAAAGAGAAGCUCUAAGAGACAAGAACUCUCACAUCUUCAUCUAUACCUUCUGGUACAAAAUCGAGCAUAUAUGCAUCAGGAACUGGAGAGAUCGCUACAGAAAUGUAUACAUAUGGGCCCAGUAUCCCUUCAGAAUACUCAAGUGCUACCUGGGGAAUAACAAAAAGAGCUACAGAGAGCACAGGAGCUACAGCUACAUUGAAUUCCACUGCAGCAUGAAUGGCUUUGUCGAUAGCAUAGAGGACACCCGGUUGUUAGAGGUUAUUAGCAACUAG